AUGGCGCCCCACACCCCAGAGGACAAGGCAGCAGAGCUCGCCUACGUCGAGGACAACAUCGACUUCAAGGCCGAGCAAAAGGUCCUCGAGCGCGUCGAGGACAAUGAGGCCGCCGGCUAUGUCGACCCCACGCUCGUCGUGAGCGAGUCCGACGACAAGCGUCUCCGCCGCACCAUCAACCGUCGCAUCUUGCCUCUUCUCUGCCUCGGUUAUCUCUGCCAGGCCCUUGAUAAGGGCACCGUCGCUUCAGCUUCAAUCAUGGGCUGGAUCGAAGACGUACACGCCGUGGGCCAGGACUACGCCAUGACUGCCACCAUUCUUUGGUGUGGUAUCAUUACCGCUGAGCCCCUCGCCAACCAGCUUAUCCGUCGGCUGCCAAUGGCCAAGCUUCUCGCUGGUGGAAUCUGCAUUUGGUCGAUCCUCCUCAUCGGCAUUGGCUUCUCCAUGUCUAUCCCGCCCGUCUUUGCCCUUCGCUACUUGCUUGGAUUCUUCGAGUCUCUGAUCGGUCCCGUGAUCAUCUCGAUCAUGGUCCAGUGGUACAAGGUGUCCGAGCAGCCGUUUGUCACCUCGAUGUGGCAGUGCAUGCUUGGAACCUCGAGCAUCAUCACGUCGCUCCUUGCCUACGGCUUCUACCACCUCCAGGGCGGCAAGCUCAAGUCGUGGCAGUACCUCCACAUCACCAUUGCUAUCAUCUCGUUCAUCUGUUCGGUCAUUGUCUUCGUCUUCCUCCCCGACUCGCCCACCAAGGCCAAGUGGGCGUCUGAGCAGGACAAGAAGCUCCUCGUCGAGCGUGUUCGUUCCAACAACCAGGGUCUCAAGCAGAAGCACUUCAAGAAGGAGCAGAUGAUCGAGGCUCUCACCGACCCCUUCACCCUCUGCCUCUUCCUCCUCUGUGUCUUCAACACCCUUGUCGUCGGCGGCGUUGGCGCGUUCGGCGGUCUCCUGGUCACCAAGGCCUUUGGUUUCUCUACCCUCGAGGCCCAGCUGCUCAACAUCCCCACCGGCGUUAUCAGCAUCCUUACCUUCAUUGGCAUUGGCUACUCGGUUCGCAAGACCGGACAGACCUGCCUCAGCAUGAUCGGCUUCACCAUCCCCAACAUUGUCGGCACCGUUGUCCUUCUCACUGUCACUCCCGGCGACAAGACCAAGGGCGGCCUCGUGUUCGCUUGGUACCUCAUGCAGAUCUUCGGAGCUUGCUACCCCGCUGUCCUCAUGCUCCUCGCCCGUAACGUCUCUGGACACACCAAGCGUUCCAUCGUCUACGCCACUACCUUCGCCGGCUGGGCUGGCGGCAAUGCCGCAUCGAGCCAGCUGUUCCAGGCCCAGUGGGCUCCCCGUUACUUCAACAGUCUCUACAUCCACCUCGGCCUGUACGCCUGCUUCAUCGCCAUGGCCCUCAUCACGCGCCAGGUCCUCGUCUCGCGCAACAACAAGAAGAUUGCCGCUGCCAACGAGCGCAUCGCCAUCGAGGGCGAGGGUAUUGCCAACCUCCACGCGUUCGAGGACUUGACCGACCGCGCGAACCCCGACUUCCGCUACUGCAUCUAA